AUGGAUCCUGCAGAAUUGAAAGAGGCAGUUAGUACAGUGCUAAGGGUGCUAGUUCGUGGCCUAGAGAAAUCUGAAAAGGACUUUGAGGCUCUAUCAACCGGAGAUGCCGUGCAAAAUGGCUGUUUUCCCAAUGGGGGGGAACAGCUCCUGGCUUAUCUGAACGACCCUCAACACCUCAAGCACCUUCUUGGACUUUCCCUUCCGCAGUCCGGAAAAGGACCGGGUGCAAUCGAAGCCUGCAGUGAGGAGAUCCUGAAAUAUUCCGUUAAUACGGCAUCGCCGACCUUCUUGGACAAGCUUUGGUCAACGCCAUCAGUUCCUGGAAUCGCCGGAGAUCUUCUCAUGUCAGUCAUCAAUAGCAAUGUUCACGUGUUUCGAACAUCCCCAGCCUUGUCUAUGAUUGAGAAACAUGUCGCCCAGGAGUUAGCCCAGACUUUCGGUCUCAGGGGCCCGUAUUCUGGCGGCAUCAAUGUACCAGGUGGAGCCGCUGCAAACCAAACUGCCUUGCUUGUUGCGCGUAAUACGCGUUUCCCCAGCUCCAAAACAGCAGGACUGCAUAAUAUGCAGCGAAGGGUUGUGAUAUUCGCCUCAGAAGCAGCCCAUUUUUCGAUAAGAACGGCGGUGCAGACUUUGGGGUUAGGAACAACAUCACUAAGGGAGAUUGCUACCUGUCCCAAUGGCUCCAUGGAAGUUUCAGCGCUCAGGGCAGCUCUUCAUGAAGCUGCUAGCGCUGGCGAAAUACCACUAGCAGUUUGUGCUACGGCGGGCACAACAGUACGAGGGGCGUAUGAUCCAUUGCAAAGUAUUUCUCAGCUCUGCAAAGAAUAUAAUGCGUGGCUCCAUGUUGAUGCCUGUUGGGGUGGUGCGGCUAUCUUCUCUCCGAGGUUUCGAGACAAGCUCGCUGGAAUCGAUCAAGCAGAUAGUAUCGCAUAUAACCCCCAUAAACUGCUUGGAAUACCGCAAAUAUGUUCCUUCGUUCUCGGUAGGGACAUGCGGACUUUCUGGUAUUCUAACAAGGUAGAUGCAGGCUAUUUAUUCCACCAGGACACCACGUCAACAUCAUCCAAAGCGUGCCAGUCAGACGGCUGCAGAGCCACGGCAAACGUGACACCUGUCGAUGAACACUUCGAUUUACAAUACAAAUGGCGAGACGCGAAUCAUAUCAUUGCCGCACCCGACCCAAACAAGGUAUACGAUCUGGCAUCUUUCACUCCUCAGUGUGGUCGCCGGUCUGAUGCAGUGAAACUUUACUUUCACUGGCAGUACUAUGGUAGAGACGGCAUUGCGAAGCAAAUUGAUAUAGCCUUUGAUACGGCGUCUUAUCUUGCUCAGCAAAUUGCGAGCCAUUCUUGUUUUCGUCUCCUAGGCGAUGUUCAGGUGCCUGGACCACAGGUUUGUUUCUACUACGCCGGACGGAUGUAUAAAAGGAUGGCAUCCCACGAUGAUGAAAAGCACCAGAACUCUUACUUUACACACCUCCUAUCGUCUGGGCUCUUGAAGAGGGGUUGGAUGAUCGACUAUGCGCCAGGAUCUGAUAAAGAAGGCGAAGUUGGCGACUUUCUCCGUGUUGUAUGCAACCGCAAUACAAGCUUGUUGGUUGCGGACGGACUCUUGAGGGCCCUUUUAUGCACAGUAACAGAGGAUUUGCAUCUUUGA